GAUGGAUUCAUUUUUGGAUGCGUUUUUCGCUUUGGAUACGGAUAAUCGUGAACAAAUAUCACUGAAUGAUUUAAGUGUAUAUAAUAAAAAACAUGGUUUGGAAGAUAGUUUUCCAGAAACAUUUCUUCGUCGUUUUGAUGCUGAGAAAACUGGUAUUAUAACAUUAGAACAAUAUUGUAAAGCAUUAGGUCUUGUACCAAAACAAGCGCGUGAAUUACGUAGACGACGUACUACUGUUUUAUUAGAACAACUUAUGCCACGUGAUUUAGAAACUGUCUAUGAUUGUAUGGAUUUGGAAAUGAAACUCAAAGUAAUGGAAUUACUUAUUAAUGAUCUACGUGAAUCUGGUACUAAACCAAAUAUUGACAUGAAUAAAUUAGAUUUAGCUGUACAACGUUUAAAAACUUAUCUUGAUACACGUUAUGGUAAAGCAUGGCAUAUUAUCAUUUCAAUUAAUCAACAUUUGGGUAGAUUUAGUUAUGAAGCAAAUACAAUGUUUCAUUUUUGUCUUGGUAGAUUUGCUGUACUGAUAUGGAAAACUCCAUGUUCUGUUUGAACUUUUUGUUUUCUCUCUUCUUCUUUAAUUCAAAUUAAAUGACCGGACAAUAAUUGUGUAUUAGUUAAAACAAACAAAUAACCGGAACAUUCAAUGUGUUCAAUGUGUCUUUGCUUUUUGCCCUUUUUUCCUCAUUAUUUGUUUUUCUUUACGUGAAUGUGUGAAGCGUUGUUUUUUGGUUUCAAUUUCCUUGCUGCCUUAAUUCUUCAUUCUUGCAUUGUGUAUUUAUUCUAAAGAUGUUAAAACAGUUGAUUUCUUUUUUUUUCAACCAGGGAAAUUAGGUUUUUUUUCUCUUUUCCAAUAACAAUCAAUCUGCUGACGACAUAUAUAAAUAUAUAUUUGUGACAUUGAAACAUUGUUAUUAUUGAGUUGAUUUAAACAAAAACUGAGAACAAGGUCAUACAAGCUGUAAUUGACCUUGGAUGAAGAGGAAAGAAAAGAUUGUACUGAUUGGUGUUGUUUUUGGAAUGAAUGUCUUUAUUUGUUUAGAAUUUUAUUGAUAUUACUUUUUUGUCAAGUGUAUUAUUUUUUUGAAAAAAAAUUAUCUUUUAAAGUAUAUUAAUAAGCUGAUUAUUGAUUAUUUCUGACAAUAUUAGAAUUUAUUGUUCAGACAAACAGUUGGUUAUUACAAAAAUUUAGGUGUCUUAAAUAAAUGCAUGCAACAAAGGUUGAUAGUGACU